AUGCCCACUGGCAUCAGCAAGCGCCAGCAGGCGCGGAAUGAAAAGACCCUGGCGGAGCUGAUCCGGACCGUUCCUGGCAAUGACCGAUGUGCCGAUUGCGAUGCCUUGACCCCAGGAUGGGCAAGCUGGAAUAUGGGCAUCUUCCUUUGCAUGCGUUGCGCCGCACUCCACCGAAAGCUGGGCACACAUAUUUCCAAGGUCAAAUCUUUAACCAUGGACACAUGGACAUCAGAGCAGGUUGAUAACAUGAAAUCGCACGGUAAUAUCCUUAUGAACAAAAUGAACAACCCACGGGGUAUCAAGCCGCCGAUUCCCACCGACAUUGACGAGGCCGAUGCAUGCAUGGAACGGUUUAUCCGGCAAAAGUAUCAACACCGCUCGUUGGAAAAUGGGAAGCCAAAGCCCCCGAGCAGAGAGGAUUCGAGCUACUCCAACCCUAGGGCUCUGUCCCCGGUGGAAACAAGAAAGAACGACUAUAAUAUAUCUCCCGAGGGUUCCCCUCCUCCACUUCCGCCGAAGUCUGGAAGGUUUUUCAAGUUUGGUCUACGAUCGUCAUCUUCUGCCUCGAACCUUCGUCGAUUUGGUGGCAAGACCAAGGUGACUUCGCCAACUUUGGAUGAUAGAGCCUGGUCACCACCACCAUUGCCAUCCAGGAGGACAACAGGGCCCGCGCCUCUCGCCGAUGUGACAACGGCAUCUUUCGAGUCUAAAAUGGCCGCAUUGCAGGAGAUGGGAUUCACCAAUGACCAACGAAACGAGAUGGUUCUCAAGGGACUUCACGAGGAUCUCGACCGAACGGUUGAAACACUGGUCAGGUUGGGCGAGGGGAGCAACCCUGCGUCAAGAUCCAGGACUCCGGUCGGGACCAGCACUGCUGCAUCUGCACGUAUAGUAAUCUCAAAGCCUGAGACCAAAAACCCAUUCCCCGUCACAACCGACAACACAUUCCCGGAGGUUUCAAACAACCCCUUUGACCGGGCAGUCUCAAAUCCUGUGCCCCAGUCGCAAAAGCAGAACCAGCAAGCACAGACCGCUUCGUACAACCCAUUCGAUCAGCUAAAUCCCAACCCGACAUCUAAACAGACUUUAGAAUCAUCUUUCCAGGGCCUGCAGGUUUCCCAGCCCUUGUUUCCCCACUCUACUGGUGGAUACCCGAAUCAGACAAGCUCCAUGCAGCACUCUGUAUAUCAGCAAUCCUAUACGCCUCCGAUUACAUCGACAUUCUCGCAUUCUCCCUAUGUUACCUCACCUCAGCCAAUGGACAACACUUACAAUCCAUUCAAUCAGGCCCAGCCGCAGCCGCAGAGUGGCUUGGCCAGUCAGACAUAUCCCAACCCCAAAUCGCCGCAAACGAACCCUUUCUUCAACACUGCGCCGCAAAAUCAACCCAUGCAGCCGCAACAGCAGCAAAUGACCCCGUUCGCAACGAACCCAGUGGGUCCAGGAUUCCCUAAUCAUGCAAAUACCAUACCGAUCAUGUCUUCCUCCUCGUCAUUUGGGCCAAAUGCUUCUUUACAACAGCAACAGCAACAGCAACAGCCAUCCAAUGGUCUGGGAUCCUAUAACCCCUUCCAGCAAGGGCUUGCGCCACACACAGCACAGAAUGCAGGUGGCUACCCCAGCCAACCCAAGCAGGCACAGCAGCUCAUGCCCCAUCCCACUGGAAUGGACAAGAAUAGCAUACUUUCAUUGUACAAUAUGGGUUCUGCGCAGCCUAAUAUGACAUCCAUCUCCGAGCAACCUCAACAACCCCUGCAACCUCAGCAGUUCCAAUCCCAACCUCCCACGGUGAACCCCUACACCCAACCAUCAAACCCAUACACCUCCAUGCCUCAAACCCAGCAAGCCACAAACCUCCAGCAUCAGCACCAGAGCCAGCCCCAGCAAAAUCUCCAGUUCCAGCAACCUACCACCAACGCCCAGCCCGCCACAUCCAACAACCCAUUCUUCGGCACCACCCCCACAGGCAGUGGAUCCGGCCUUGCUGCACAAGCUGGCAUUAACCCAUAUCAGCAGCAAUCCCCAGGGCUAGGACCUGGGGGCAUGAACGGCCAACCCGGAGGCGGAACCGCGCCCACUACUACUCCGGCCACGGGGACGAACAACUCCCCAUUUUCGGGAAUGAGCAGUCCCCCAUUUGCAGGAGCGAACAGCUCCCCGUUUGCUGGAGGCAAGUCCCCAUUUUCAGGCCCGCCGCCCACAAACUCUACGUUUCAACGGUCACACAUGAGCCAGCCAAGCGUUGAUGUGAGCGGGCUGCAGAAUGGUCGCCAUAGCCCUGAUGCCUUUGCUAGUUUGAGUGCUCGAUAUGGUUGA